UGGGGCCUAUGAGAGGACCUAGUAAAGGGUCAUAACCUUCUGCUGCAUAUUUUUCUUCCAUUGAGCGAAAUUUUAGAUGGAUAUUAAAGGUUGGCCUCACUGGGAAAAUAAUCUUUGAGAAGAAAUUUGAGGAAGAGGAAAAGACCUAUGUGGCUUCAGGGAAUACUCCUGAGGAUACAAUUAGAAGAAAGUUUUCCAAAACAAAGCAAUCUGAAGUUGGAGGUGGUGACCACAUUGAGACAAGAUCUCACCGAGUUGCUUAGCGCCUCUUUAUUGCUGAGGCUGGCUUUGAACUCGCGAUGCUCCUGCCUCAGUCUCCCGAGCCUGGGAUUACAGGCUUGCGCUACCGCGCCGGUCCGUUGGCUUUUAAUUGAAAAGAUUUGCAUAAAUGCAAAUUUGUACGCGAGAACCAUCGGGAAGAGCCCCAAGUCUGGGAUCGAAGAAAGAAGCCUGUGCAGGGCUGUAGCUGGAAACCAGGAGCACCAGAGAGACGAGGCGACGCUCCUAGAGAGGCACGGAGCCGGCCGGAAGCCGCUCAAAGCGGCGAGAGGAAAUCACCCGGCUGGCAUCUCUGGCUGCAGGAAGUGCCCCUCAGCCUCCGGCCCGGAUAAAGGAAACACCGCAGAGAUUUACCCGCCCAACUUGACUCCCUGGCAGGGGUCUGUGGAAACCAACCAGCGUUUCCCGACUAUAGAGGCCCGGGCCUUCUUUUUCUCGUGGGAACUCUUCGCGAGGUCGGCCAAGUCUUUGUUGCGCACUUUCCCUGAACUUUUAGAGACACUUAUUGAGUGCCUACUGUGUGCCAGGCGCUGUGCUAGUUGCUGGCAUGCACUCUUAAUAGACUGCAUUUUGGGUCCAUCGGAGAGCCCUGGCUACAGGCAUCAGGAACAUCCACGUACGUUCAUCAAGAACCCACAUUUGUCAAAUACCAGAUGUAUAUUUGGGAAACAAUAUUUGAAGCAUAGUCCUCAGCCAAAAAGGCCUUUCUCUAGCUACAAAUCCCAACAUGUACGAAGCUUUACCGGGUUCUGCUCCUGAAAAUGAAGACAGCCUUGUGAAAGUAAAGGUGGAAGAUCCCACUUGGGAGCAAGUGUACAACACACAGGAGGGCAGCUCCUGCACUCAGGAAUUUUGUCGCCUGAGAUUCCGGCAGUUCUGUUACCAGGAGGCUCCUGGGCCCCGGGAGGCUCUGACCCAACUUCGAGAACUUUGCCAACAAUGGUUGAGGCCAGAGAUGCAUACCAAAGAGCAAAUUUUGGAAGUGCUGGUACUGGAGCAGUUCUUGACCAUCCUUCCCAAGGAACUGCAGGCCUGGAUGCAGAUGUAUCCUCUGCAGAGUGGGGAGGAGGCAGUGGCAAUGCUAGAGAAUCUAACCUCUGGACAUGGAGACACAGGACAGCAGGCCUCUUUCUACAUUCAGGGACAAGACAUGCACCUAGUUAUGACACAGUAUCAAGAAGCCUCUUUGGAGUGUCAGCCCCUGCCUGGGGUAACCACCCUGACAUGUGAACCUUCUCAGCUCCCCCAAGAAGUGAGUGGGUUUACUCCCCAGGGACCAGCCCUUUUCCAAGAAGAAAGUUCCAGAAAUAAGGCCACAGCUCCUGAGUUUAACCCACCCAGGUUCCAGAUGUCAGUGAAGACUGGGGAGGAAGCAGCCCACGCCUUUGCUCCAGCAGAGUGGCCACAUCUGAGUCUGGCUCAGAGGAACCUCUGUGAGAACUCAGCUCAAGAAAAGGUUACAAGCCAGAUGAAACAAGACACUUCUGAAGCAAUGGGUCAAGGUAGGAAGACUUCAGGAAUACCCAACAGAGACUAUGCACCCCACAUCUCUUGUAGUUCUGCUCUCCCUACUGAAAAGACAGUCUCAAAUUUGAACACUCUAAAGGAUCAUCACCCACCCCGUGACUCUUGGGCCCGGAUGCACAUUGCAUCCUUGCAGUAUGCAGCAGGAGACAUUACCCGAAAAGGAAGAAAAAAAGACAAAGCUCGAGUGAGUGAACUGCUCCAAGGUCUUGCAUUUUCUGAUGACUCAGAGGUGGAGGAAGAUGAACCUGAGGCUCAGCCUUCUCAGAAGAAGCUGAAGGUGUCAAGUGUCCCAGAAAAGAGUUGGACCAAAAGAGACAUUAAGCCCAACUUUCCCAGCUGGUCAGCACUGGAUUCUGGACUUUUAAAUCUCAAGAGUGAAAAGUUGAACCCAGUAGAGCUCUUCGAAUUGUUUUUUGAUGAUGAAACAUUCAACUUGAUUGUCAAUGAAACCAAUAAUUAUGCUUCUCAGAAAAAUGUUAACUUAGAAGUCACAGUUCAGGAAAUGAGAUGUGUAUUUGGUGUCCUACUUUGGAGUGGAUUUGUAAGGCGUCCCAGAAGGGGAAUGUACUGGGAAAUCUCUGAUGCCGAUCAGAACCUGGUUAGAGAUGCAAUUAGAAGGGACAGAUUUGAAUUGAUUUUCUCAUACUUACAUUUUGCAGAUAAUAGCCACUUAGAUCAAAAAGAUAAAUUUUCAAAAUUGAGACCUCUCAUAAAGCAAAUGAAUAAAAAUUUCCUCUUGUAUGCUCCUCUAGAAGAAUACUAUUGCUUUGAUAAAUCAAUGUGUGAAUGCUUUGAUAGUGACCAAUUUCUGAAUGGAAAGCCUCUUAGAAUUGGCUAUAAAAUUUGGUGUGGUACAACCACACAGGGUUAUCUGGUUUGGUUUGAGCCCUAUCAAGAAGAAUCAACUAUCGAGGCAGAUAAGGAUCUUGACCUUGGGUUAGGUGGAAAUCUAGUGAUGAACUUUGCUGAUGUUCUUUUAGAGAGAGGUCAGUAUCCCUAUCACCUGUGUUUUGAUAGCUUCUUUACAAGUGUCAAAUUGGUUUCAGCUUUGAAGAAGAAGGGAGUGAGGGCAACAGGAUCAAUUCGUGAAAACAGGACUGAAAAAUGUCCUCUUAUGAAUGCAGAACAUAUGAAAAAAAUGAAGAGGGGAUGUUUUGAUUUCCGAGUAGAAGAAAAUGAUGAAAUAAUUUUAUGUCGUUGGCAUGGUGAUGGUAUUAUCAGUCUGUGCUCCAAUGCUGUAGGCAUAGAACCAGUCAGUGAAAUAAGUUGUUUUGCUGAUGGUGAAGAGAUCCCACAGGUAAAUCAACCAUGCAUAGUGAAAUUGUAUGAGGAAUGCAGGAAAGGUGUAGCUAAAAUGGAUCAAAUUAUUUCCAAAUAUAGAGUGAGGUUAAGAAGCAAGAAAUGGUAUUCAAUUUUGGUGAGCUACAUGAUUGAUGUAGCCAUGAACAAUGCAUGGCAACUGCACAGAGUCUGUAACCCUGAUUCCUCUUUAGACCUCUUGGACUUUCGGAGAUGUGUUGCACAUUAUUACUUGGGACACAAUGCUAAUCUUCCAGACUAAGGCAGAUAAACAAAAUGCAGUCAGUAACAAGAUGGAAAAAUCACAACUACACAUUUGGUUGUAUUCUACCAAAGCAAAUCUGAUGUAUAAAAUGCAAUUAAUGAGUAACUACUAUUUUUUAAAAUGAGACAUUUAUAUAAAAGUUUCAAAGAUUAUUAUAACAAUGUUAAAAGUUAUCAGAAAAUGUUGAACUCCAGUGGUACUUUUCUAUGUCCAGUUUGUAUCAGAUGUGAGAAAUCAUUUGUUGAAUUUAUUUUAUGCAUUAAAAGAAUGAAAUUCUUCCCCCUUUUUAUCUUCUCUAGAGAAUGUCAUUUUUAAAUUUUUUUCAAUUUUCUUCCAGAAAUAGUUUAAUAAAAAAUGACUAUUUCUAAGAAACCCCCACUUCAUCCCCAUCAAUAAAAGAGAACCAUAACACAAUAGAAAAUUUUCUGUAGGGCUAUGAUUUCUUUAAAAAAUUUCAGACUCUCAAGUACAUCAGCAAAGUCCAAUAUUAAGUUCACAUUUCUUUUUAUGGGCUAUGAAUAAGAAUCUGAUUAGAUGCCAAAAUAAAACAAUAUAAAUGCUGAACUAUUUAAGUCAAAAGACCUCUAUAGAAUUAUCUGUCCUCAAAGGCAUUCCAGUUUGAGACUAAAUUUUAGAAUAAGGCAUAACAAAUGUUAACAAAAAAUAUACAACGUGAUGAAAAGAGGGACUUGACAAUUCCCAACAUACUUUGAACCUGAUAAAACAAAUGUAGAUAUUUUAUUAUUUUUCUUUAAACAACCGCCAAGAUUAGAAUCAAAGAUAAAUAGAAGGCACACAGUUUUGCUCUGGUUGUUAUUUGGAUUUUCAGGAUUUUUUUCAUUUUUUACAAAUGAAACAUGAAAAAACUGUACUUCAAAAGGUCUAUCAGUUCAAGAAAAACCUGUCAACCAGAAAAAUACCAUUUAAAAAAUGCAGGCAAUAUAAUAACCAUAGAAUGUCACUGAAUUCAUAGUCCAAAAUGGAGUUGUUGCCCAUAAGCUAAGAAUUAUCUAAACAAAACGUGUGUCAAUAAGCUUAAGACCAGCAUUGGUGUAAAGCUGGAUCAGAUUGUGUAGGCAAGAUGGGCCAGACAAAUGUUGGAGAGUUCAAUAGAGGAAAAACCAGAGGCUGUGCCACUGAAUAUUGAUGUGAAAAAUGUGACAAUUGGCAGCAGAAAUCAAAAGAGUUGAAGAAAACAGGAAAAUAUGAAGCAAAUCAGGGUCAAAAAAGGAAAGGAUAACAAGUUGACAUCAUGCCAUUUUGAAAUGCCCUAAGGAGUGAAUCCAGGAAUAAGCAGAAAUUCUUGGAAAAAGUAUACUGUGAUUGGUUAGUGUUGAAAUGUAGUUUUGGUAGAUUAACCAGUAAAGAGAAAAUGGAUUCCACUGCAGUUGUGUUGUAGACAGAACUUUUCUUUCAACAGGAAUUUCUGUUUUGUGCAUGGUUGUGAUGGAACUAUAAGACAUGUUGCAGAGUAACAGAUUGACCUAUUCCACACAAGAUGCUUAAAAUAUGUUGAUUAUUUCCUGUAAUUUGAUUUCUUCAUGAAAUAUCUGGUUAUCUGUAAGCAUCUACCCACAACAAUCACCUUGCAGGAGUUCAACACCUUUGUAAUUAUGAAAGACUAUUGCCAUAGGAAAGGACUUUUCAAAGUUACUUGCAGAAGAAUGAUCACUUUAUGUACUCUGCCCAUUGAGCUGAACACCUGUGAUACUUCUAUGAUACUUCUCUCCAUAUCACUUUUAUGGUGCUAAUCCAAUACUACCUUACAUGGUUAUUUUUAUUCAGGGCAUGUCCAUUACUAGAAAAUAAACUUACAGAGAAUCUCUUCUGCAACCAAAACAGGACCUAAAAUUACUUGCUAUACUAUUCAGAAUACUCCAAAUACACUGCAACUUAAUGGGAGAAUUUAGCAAUCCAAAUAAAUAGCUAUCUUUAAAGUGUACUUUAGAAGAGUGGUAUUAACAUUGAUGGGGUGACAGAUAGUGAAGACAAAUGGUGAUUAUAAACUAUUAGGAGGAGCUAGGGUAUAGCUCAGUGGUAGAGUACUCACAUGUGUGAAGUCCUGGGUCCAAUCUCCAGCACGGGGGGGGGGGGGGGGCGACAUUUCAGCAAUCUGGCUAGCACCAAGGAGCUGUUCCAACUGAGUCACCAUGGUUACUGUAAGGCAGGACAAAAUACUAUGAGCAAGUUUUCCUGUAUCCCCCACAUUGAAAAACCUAAUUCAGGAAUCUACACGGAGGGCUCUGAAUAGGAAUUCUCUGAUUAUCAAUAAUUGGGUAUAAAAUUAGGGUCAGUCUGAUUUGACUUUUUGCUUACACAUUCUGAAAUAAGGCCCACACUCAGACUAAAUAUUUUCUUCAUUUUUAAAAUAAAAAUUUUGUAUAAAGUUCUUUACUGUGGUUUCACUCCCCUGCCAUUCAGGGAAAAUCCCAAGAGAAUAUAAAGCUUCUUGACUACAGUGGGUUUCUUAGGUUGUCAAGAGUUCAGAAAGAGAAAAGUGCCAAAUAUAACAGUGUGGCAAAGUUUCUCUCCAAGAUAUAUUUACCAAAGUUAACAGGCUAACUAAAUCUGUAGCUAUCUUGCAUAUACAACCAGAAUUUAACUUUAAAGAUAGGGACUAUAUCAGUGUCAAUGUAGCCGCCAAGUCUGCUUUUUUAUGUGACAGCAUCUGAACGACCCACAGCAGGUUUAGUAACAGGUAUAUGAGUAAUGCAAGUAAUAAAAAUGGGCUCUGAACAAAGACAUAAUUGGUUUUCACUGUACUAGCUGCACUCCUGAAAUUAGCUCUUCAUUUCUUCUUUCAUUGAUUCAUCUAUUGAUUUAAUUAAUGGCACAGCAUGGUGGCACAUGCAUGUAAUCCCAGCUGCUCUGGAGGCUAAGGCAGGAAGAU